AUGAAAAGAGAUAGCUCUUGGGUGCUUGCGUGCAGCCUUUUAGUCAAGGCUGCGUCUGCGAUCGAGAGCUCAGGCGAGUGCGCACUCGCAACAACGACGACUGUGUACUUGCCUACAACGAUAUAUGUAUUUGCGCCAAAUAUAACGAGCAGCCGGGAUGGCAUUUCAUGCGUCGCUACUUCAUCCUCUAUAACAAGAAGCCCACCGGCCAGCUCAAGUAGUGAGACUACCGAUGUGAUCAGCACUCCCACGAGUACGUCAGGAAUCUCUACAAGCAGCUCCAGUCCCGGGACGACGAUAUCUUCAACAAGUGUGACCAGCAUCAGCACUACCCCCACAAUCCCAAGCAAUGGCAGUACUAUAACACAGAGCUCCACGCCCAUAAACACCGGGCUGCCAACGCCGACAAGCAUUGGGGGCUUACCACCACCGCCUCCUCCACCCCCUUCAGGCCCCUUUAGGGGGUACAAGAACGCCGUCUACUUCACAAACUGGGGGAUUUCCCAAGAAAAGUUUCUCCCCCACAGGCUUCCGGUAGACGAUUUAAGUCAUAUACUCUACGCGUUCGCAGAUAUCGCACCCAACGGGACGGUAAUAUCAGCAGACCCCGUAGUCGACCUGGCCCAAAAAUAUCCCGAUGAUGACCACUGGGAAAGGGGCCGUAACGCCUACGGGGCCGUGAAGCAACUGUAUAUUCAUAAGAAAUGGAACCGGCAGCUGAAGGUCUUGCUAUCCGUUGGCGGCGGCCAGUACUCGCCCAAGUUCGCAGCCGCAACAUCGACAGAGAUGCGUCGGCAGACAUUCGCCAAAUCUGCCGUCAAGCUCGUGACGGAUUGGGGCUUUGAUGGUAUCGACAUUGACUGGGAGUACCCGACGAACGAAGCCGAGAAGGAGAGCCUGGUCAAACUAGUCGCGGCCUGUCGCGAGGCCUUUGACCGGUACUCGUUCCAUAACCGCCUUGCUUAUCGGUUCUUGGUCACAGUAGCUAGCCCCGCAGGCCCGGCGAACUGGGAGUUCGUCGACCUGCCGCGCAUGGAUCGAUACGUCGAUAUCUGGCAUCUUAUGUCCUAUGACUACUCAGGCAGUUGGUAUUCGAAGAGCGGGCACCAAGCCAAUGUGUUCGCCAACCAAGAGAACGAGGCGUCAACGCCCCUCAACACCGACGACGCGGUGCGGUACUACAAGUCGCACGGUAUACACGGGCGAAAGAUUGUGAUCGGAUCACCGCUGUACGGGCGCUCAUUCAACGGAACUUCGGGAUUGGGCCAGAAUUACACGUCGGUCGGUAGCGGCGGCCCUUCGCCGGGCGUGUGGUACUACAAAGACCUGCCGAAGGCGGGGUCGCGGGUAGAGUUCGAUGAUGUGGCCAAGGCGACGUAUAGUUACGACGCGAAGGCCCGCGAAUUGAUUACUUACGACGAUGUCCGCAGCACCGAGUUCAAGGCCCGCUAUGUGCGGAACAGAGAACUCGGCGGUGCGUUUUUCUGGGAAGCGAGCGGUGACCGAGCAGGGCGCGGCAGUCUCGUGAAGACUAUGUACCGCACCUUGGACUGGUUAGAGAGAACGCCGAACAACUUGCGCUACCCGACCAGUCAGUACAUGAACAUUCGGCGUGGCAUGCCAGGCGCCUAGUCGACCACGGUUAUCUGUGAACUUGUUGAACAUGACUUUGAAGAGGGAAAAAAAAUAAGGAAAAUCUUGGGUCAUAGAAUACUUCGAUGUUGCUACAUUGUAUGAUUGAUAGGGUAAUCUUCUCGAUACAAAUGGGUCACUUUAGUUCUUACCGAUUUCUCAAAUAAAUAUCUAACCUAGCACCAGCACACAUCUUCCCCACCUCUUUCCUUUUCUUU